GUGCGGAGCGAGCCCCCCCUGCAGGCUGCAGCCCCAGCGCCCGGCGCGAUGUCGGUGACGUUUGAGGAUGUGGCCAUGUAUUUCUCUCCAGCAGAGUGGGCACUGCUGGGCGAGGAGCAAAGGCAACUUUACAGACACGUCAUGUGGGAAAAUUACCAGACUCUGGUCUCGUUAGAUUUUCCAGAUGCAGAAGAGACUUGGGACUGGCCAGCAAUUGAAAGCUCCUUGGGUUUCUUCCUCACACAAAGCUCUUCCCCUGGAGCAGCACUGGGGCCCCUGGGAGUUUGGACUCUUGCACUCAAGUGUCAAGGGGAAGAAUUCAAGGUGCAGAGAGACCUGAUAGACCACCACUGGACGGUUCAUAAGAGACAUAAAUUGUAUCACUGUAGCAAGUGUGGGGAGAGCUUCAGGAGAAAGAAGGCAUUCAAAGCACAUGGGAAAAUCCACAGAAAGGAGAGAGCCCAUCUCUGUUCUGAAUGUGGGAAAAUAUUCAACCGGGCAUCUCAUCUCAUUUCCCACCAGAGAAUCCACACCAGAGAGAGACCCUAUUGCUGUGCUGAGUGUGGAAAAAGAUUCUUCCAAAUAUCAGCUCUUAACAUCCACAAGAGAAUCCACUCAGGAGAGAGACCCUAUGCCUGCGCUGAGUGUGGGAAGUGCUUUAUGUAUUCGUCCACCCUUAACAGACACCAGAGAAUCCACUCAGAAAAGCAGCUCCAUAGCUGUAACCAGUGUGGGAAAGGUUUCAAAUUUACAUCAAGUCUUACUAGACACCUGAGAAUCCACAGUGGAGAGAGACCCUUCCUGUGCCAUGAAUGUGGGAAAAGAUUCAACCUGCAAGAACAUCUCAUUAGACACCGGACAAUACACACUGGGGUGCGACCUCAUCGCUGCGCUGAGUGCGGGAAAUGUUUCAGUCUCCUUCAAAGUCUCCGGAGACAUCAGAGAAUCCACAGUGAGGGGACCCGUCAACACUGCGCCGAGUGCGGGAAAACAUUCAGUUGUCUAGAAAAUCUCACUAGACACCAGAGACUCCACACGGGGGAGAAACUCCAUCACUGCGCUGACUGUGGGAAAGGCUUUGUCCGUCUGCAUCAUCUCACUAGCCACCAGAGGAUCCACACUGGGGAGAGACCCUAUUGCUGCACGGAGUGCGGGAAAAGAUUCACCCAGUUAUCAGGCCUCACCACCCACCUGAGAAUCCACACGGGAGAGCGACCCUAUCCCUGCACUCAGUGUGAGAAGCGCUUUGCUCACUCUUUGUCUCUUGCGAAACACCAGAGAACCCAUGGGGCAGGGACUUCUGACCCUUGA